CCAAUGGCCCGUCUGGGGUUGGCCUGUCCCCACACGGGCAGGGCACUUACAGACAGUCCCUAACUGGCCCCGGGUGGGCGGAGGAUGCCGGGGACCUUGGGUAUAAAAGGGAGGGGGCAGCCACUGCCUGGGCACUGUCAGCUGCCCACCCCCCUGACAGCCACCACCGGAGACGAGAUCUCAGCAACCAUGUCCAUCCAGAAGAUCUACGCCCGUGAGAUCCUGGACUCCCGUGGGAACCCCACGGUUGAGGUGGAUCUGCACACGGCCAAGGGUCGUUUCCGGGCCGCUGUCCCCAGCGGUGCCUCCACCGGCAUCUAUGAGGCUCUGGAGCUGCGGGACGGGGACAAGUCCCGAUACCUGGGCAAAGGGGUGCUGAAGGCUGUUGAAAAUAUCAACAAAAUCAUUGUGCCGGCCCUCCUGGAGAAGAAACUCAGUGUUGUGGAGCAGGAGAAAAUCGACAAACUCAUGAUCGACCUGGAUGGGACAGAGAACAAAUCCAAGUUUGGGGCCAAUGCCAUCCUGGGGGUAUCUCUGGCGGUGUGUAAGGCUGGGGCCGCGGAAAAGGGGGUGCCCCUCUACCGCCACAUCGCCGACCUGGCUGGCAACGCUGAGCUCAUCCUGCCUGUCCCGGCGUUCAAUGUGAUCAACGGGGGCUCCCACGCGGGGAACAAGCUGGCCAUGCAGGAGUUCAUGAUCCUGCCGGUGGGGGCCGCCAGUUUCAAGGAGGCCAUGCGCAUCGGGGCCGAGGUCUACCACAACCUGAAGUCCGUCAUCAAGGCCAAGUACGGCAAGGACGCCACCAACGUGGGGGACGAAGGCGGCUUCGCCCCCAACAUCCUGGAGAACAACGAAGCGCUGGAGCUGCUGAAGUCGGCCAUCGAGAAGGCCGGGUACCCCGACAAGGUGGUGAUCGGGAUGGACGUCGCCGCCUCCGAGUUCUUCCGCGGCGGGAAGUACGACCUGGACUUCAAAUCCCCCGACGACCCCGCCCGCCACAUCAGCGGGGAGAAGCUGGGCGAGCUGUACCAGAGCUUCAUCAAGAAUUACCCCGUGGUCUCCAUCGAGGACCCCUUCGACCAGGACGACUGGGAGACCUGGCGGAGGUUCCUGACCCAGGUGCCCAUCCAGAUCGUGGGGGACGACCUGACGGUGACGAACCCCAAGCGCAUCCAGAAGGCCGUGGAGCUGAAGGCCUGCAACUGUCUCCUGCUCAAAGUCAACCAGAUCGGCUCCGUCACCGAGUCCAUCCAGGCGUGCAAGCUGGCCCAGAGCAACGGCUGGGGGGUGAUGGUCAGUCACCGCUCCGGGGAGACCGAAGACACCUUCAUCGCGGACCUGGUGGUGGGCCUCUGCACAGGGCAGAUCAAGACUGGAGCCCCCUGCCGAUCCGAGCGCCUGGCUAAAUACAAUCAGCUGAUGAGGAUCGAGGAGGCCCUGGGCGACAAAGCUCACUUUGCGGGACGCAAGUUCAGGAACCCUCGUGCCAAGUGAGCCCCUCGUCCGCGCCCCCCAGCGUCGGCACGGCCCUGCCCCACGGUGGGGGUGGCACUGGAGGGACGGGGCCCGGCCUGGACCCUCGCCACCGGGGCUCCCCCCAGGGCAGCGCGAAGUGACCAGCGAGCGCCGGCGACACUGGGUCCAGCCCCAUCGUCCUGCGGCAUCUCUGGGGCCAGGCUCUGAAUAAAGGCACCUGGACAGACAGCGGCUCGGUGUGG